UUUAAACUCAGACAUCACUCUGAGGCCCCUCUCACAACCCACACACACACACAAACACACACUCACACACACUAUAGAUAGUGAGGAAGUGUGAAGCAGGAGAGCUAGGGUAGAACCAUGCCGGCGUUUUCAACCAACAUGAGGCUGAAGUUUCCGAUUGUGGCCUUGCUGCUGGAGGCCAUCACCAUUGCCCUGUAUGCUGUGUUUGUGGUGUACGAAACUGGAGAUGCCCACCAUGCUUCAGCUCAUCAUGGCACUGAAAAUAAAUCUGAUGAGGCAAGCCCAAUGACUCUCUACCCUAUGUUUCAGGAUGUGCAUGUGAUGAUCUUCAUCGGUUUUGGCUUCCUCAUGACCUUCCUGAAACGGUACGGCUUCAGCAGCGUGGGCAUGAACCUGCUCCUUGCUGCCUUUGGCCUUCAGUGGGGUUUACUACUGCAGAAUAUCUGGCACCUAAAAGAUGGAAAAAUUAGGGUUUCAAUCUCAAGCAUGAUUAAUGCAGAUUUCAGCACGGCAACAGUGCUCAUCUCAUUCGGUGCAGUUUUGGGGAAGACGAGCCCAGUGCAGCUGCUCAUCAUGACCCUGCUGGAAAUCACCACAUUCUGCAUGAAUGAGCACAUUGUUGUUGAAGUUCUGCAAGCAUCUGAUAUUGGUGCUUCCAUGACCAUCCAUGCGUUUGGAGCUUACUUCGGUCUUGCUGUUGCUCGUAUGCUUUACCGCCCAGGACUUCGCAAUGGCCACGACAACGAGGGAUCUGUUUAUCACUCUGAUCUGUUUGCAAUGAUUGGUACUGUAUUUCUGUGGAUGUUCUGGCCAAGUUUUAACUCUGCUAUUGCCAACCCUGGAGAUGCACAACUCACUGCCAUCAUUAAUACUUAUUUCUCUCUGGCCGCCUGUGCACUCGCUGCUUACGCUACAUCCAGCCUGGUGGAGGAGAAAGGCAAACUGGACAUGGUUCACAUUCAGAAUGCAACUCUGGCCGGUGGAGUCGCUGUGGGAACGUGUGCUGAUAUGAGCAUUGCGCCGUAUGGAGCCAUGCUGAUCGGCGUUAUUGCCGGAAUCAUCUCUACUCUCGGCUUCAAAUUCCUCACUCCUGUCCUUGCAUCAAGCUUGGGAAUUCAGGAUACGUGUGGAGUGCAUAACCUUCAUGGCAUGCCUGGGAUUUUGGGUGGUCUGGCUGGCAUCGUAGCAGCAUCGCUGGGCAGAAAAGCCAACAUUACUGCUGGUUAUCAGGCUGCUGCUUUAGCUUCAUCCCUUGGGUUCGCCCUCGUCGGAGGAGCCAUCACAGGUCUUAUACUGAAGCUGCCAUUUUGGGGACAGCCACCUGAUCAGAACUGCUUUGAUGACUCUCUCUACUGGGAGGUACCUGAGGAAGAGGAGGCUGGUGAAAGUCUUACUCACACUGAUCACUCUAAGAACAAAGCAGAGGCUUAAAACUCUGACUUUGUGCUCUUCACACAUAACUCAAAUCCAAAAUCCAUAACCAACUCAGGGACCUUGAACAAUAUUCAUUUUUUUAAGCAGCUCAAACAAACUCUAAUCUCCAAAGCAACCACUGCUCAGUAACUAACACAUAUAGACAUCUGUCCCUGCAUUCUUCCACUAUACACUUCCAUUCAGGGAACACACAUUAUCCACAGAUGGAGCUGCAUUUGCAAACUAAAUACGAUUAUGCAGCAAAAAUUAGUAUAAGAAAAAAUGAUCGCAAUUUAUAGGACAUAUUCCUGAUUACAGAUUUAGGAAGCAGCUUUAAAAAACUUCCUUCAGCUACUUAAUCUUCCAUUAUGCAUAUUGUGAUAUUUUUUAACUCCUACGACUGACAGUUUGUGCCUGUCUGCAACUGAUCUCAGAUUGGUCUAUGUAAAAACAUGUCUAUUUGCAUGCUUUACUAUUACCUUUAUUUUAUACCUUUAUUCCUUACCGUGUUUGACACAGUCAGUCACUUUUCUGCUCUUGUUCAUAUCAGGAUCAUAUCUUUGAGUUCACUACCUUCAAAACAGGUUUUCAUUUCAUCAGCUAUUAAACACUAACAGAGUUUGUUCACAUGAUAUGUCUCAAACAAGAUACCACAAUCAUUUACGAACCUAAAUUCAAGCCUAGGACAGUGUGUUCUUACUAAAUGAAAGCAGUAGGAAUGAUCAAACAAAACUGAGUCAAGUGAUGUUAGAAGCGUGUUAGGAGAAUACGUGCAUAUUUGUUUAAAUGAAAUGUUAUGACAUCACAAAUUUUUGAAUAAUAAUGAUUUGAAACAGUUGUUGUUAGUGAACUCAGACAUUUGGUCCUGAUUGUACAUUAAACAUCACAGAUAGGUGACUGAAUUUGAAUGUGUGUGUGUGUGUGUGUGUGUGUGUUAGUAUAAUUUUCUCAGCAUAGUUAGGAUGUAGGUAGCUUGGCAGCACCACAAAAUAUUAUUAAAAGGAUAAAAAUGUAACAAACAUAUUAUUUCAUUAAUAAAUGUUUUUAUACAACUUUCCUGCA